GCAAGUGAAGGGCUGUCAUGUAAACACUGGUAAAUGUGUGCUCGCGGAUGCCCGGAUUUUCAUUCUUAAAUUAGACGAUCUUGUGGACGAUAAAGCAACAUCACGACUUCUACUUAGAAGCGUUGUGAUACUGUCCGAGGAGCUAUUCCGUUACACCUGCGAUGAAUAAAUGCACUCGAUCACUCGCUCUCUUCUACGUGCCUUCACUGGAAGUGCAUGCUGGUCCCCUGUCAAGCCAACCACAGUAACGUUAGCAGCAGCUAGGUGUUACCCCUCGUGCCACCAUGGCGUGCAGUUCUUCAAAUGUCCACGGCAGGAGCAGAGGUAUAGAAACCUUGUCCAGCGGUACAGAAGGAAACUGAGAGGUGCCUACAACAAGUACUCCGACAUCCCGGACAACACUGUGGUAAUCGGAGAUAGAAUGUGUAUCCAGGGGCGGUCCCAUGCCUAUAUUGAGGAUGGAGGCACCAUCUACAGAUGUUUGCAUGGACGACCAGGUGUAUCUGAGCCAGAGAAGGUUCUCAGCAUUGCCUGGCUCAGAGGAGGCGAGGAGGAGGAAGAUGAGGAAGAGGGGACCUUGCAAAGGGUACGUCUGUCCCCAGGUGAGCACCUGCUGGCUGCCACAGUCAAGACCCCACACCAGGAGGAAUCCAGAUGCAUUGUGGUCCGGCUGGUCGACGUGACGUUACCCCACCAGCCACUGCUCAUUCUGGAUAAUGUGUUCAGCUUUGAAUGGGCUUCGGAUAACACACUCUUCUUCAGUAAACAGGAGGGUCUAAAGUGUCAGACUGUGUAUCGCCUGGACCUAACUGAGGAAGGAGUUAGAAACACCCUUGUGUAUGAGGAACAUGACCCUGAGUUCUUUGUGGAGGUGGGGCGUUCAAGUGAUGGACAGCUGCUGACGCUCAACUGCACCAGUAAGAGCAGCUCAGAGGUGAGAAUCCUCUUAAGCUCCGCCCCAGACCACGCCCCCGCCCUGGUGCAACCACGGCAACCAGGGCUGGUCUACUACGUGGAGCACGCCAGAGGGGAGCUCUACAUCCUGGCCAACACAGGACCCGGCCAGGAGUAUCAGCUGCUCAGGACCCCUCCGUGCUCCCCGUCCAUGCGGAGCUGGGUGCCGGUGUUUACGCCCGCCACAGGGUGGGCAGUCAGAGACAUGGAGCUGCUACAGGACCACUGCCUGUUUACACUCAGGCACCCCAGUGGACGCCUCCACCUGGAGACAGUGUCUCUAGAGGACCCCAACUGUUUGUUAUCCCUGGAGCUCCCAUCGUGGGCGUGUGCGUUUGAGAGUCGGAGAUCUUCAUUGGCCGGCCAGCGGAGUGUCCGAUUCCUUCUGUCGUCCCCGGUGAUCCCCCCCUCGGCGCACGCCUACUCGCCCUCCUCCCACCUGCUCCUCACAGAGCACGACCAGGACCUGCCACAGCAAGACUGCCACACCACACGCCUGCAGGCCCCCAGUCAGGAUGGCACCAUGGUGCCCAUAACCCUCCUGCACCGGCCGCCUCUGGCUGACCUGCGGGCAGUGCCCAUGCUUGUGCACGUGUACGGAGCCUAUGGCCUGGAACUCAACAUGGCUUUCAGUCCAGACAAGAGGCUACUGCUGGAGCGUGGGUGGGCCUUGGCCUACUGCCACGUCAGGUACUGGACUACAAUUCCCAGGGUCAAUGCUCUGACCAGGAAAGACUGGAAUAGAAUGUUGAACUACGGGGAUCUUUUAAUGUUCUUUAGACUCAAGAAGGCAGAAAGACCCCCUCCUUCCCUCUUGUUGUGGUCCUGUCCUCCCAUUGUGUACUGCACUACAUCUCCCAGCAGCCACUUGGGCAGUGUUCAUAUGGUACGUUCCAUUAGACUUGUAAAUCCGUCGCCCAAGUUGGAAAGUGUAAAUUACCCAGCUUUCUUGCGGCAUUUUGCGGCCCACUUUACCUCGGAGUACUUGAGGGUACCCCGAGGUGGACGUACGACCUUAAGACAAACAUGGCUGGGUGAUCAGCUGAUGACCUGUUGUGUCCAGAGGCUCCAUCACCUGUGUGUCCAUGCCGGGUCAUUUGAUCAUAAGAGUUGGAGCAGUCCCGUGGGGCGCUUGCUCAACCAGCAGCCUCAGCUAGUCAGGGCCGUCACUGUGCAGGCACCUUUUCUGGACGUCCUGGGCACCAUGCAGGACCCCUCUCUGCCCUUGACCGUGGAGGAGAGAGGAGAGUGGGGGGACCCCCUGAGCAGCCCUCAGCACAGGGACAACAUCGCCACCUACUGCCCGUGCUGUAACAUCACGCCACAGCGCUACCCCUCUAUGCUGAUCACAGCCUACAGAGAGGACUGUCGAGUGCCUGUGUCGGGUGUGGAGAAAUACGUGGCGAGACUGCGGGCCGCUGUCGACACACACUCCAGUGUGAAACCUGAACCUGACACCCACAUCAUUCUGGACCUGCAGCCUGGAGGGGACCAUUUUGGGCCGGAGGACUUUGAGCUGUCCUUGUGUGAGACUGCAAGACAGAUCGCCUUCCUGCACGUGGAGCUGGGCCUGGACCAGACCGCUGGACACGAGGAACACCAAGGCUGAAGAAAGCGGCUGCAAUCUCCAGGGGUUCUCCAGUCCUCAUGGCUGAUUGUCUGAGUAGGGUUGUGUGUUUCUAAAUGUACAUGUAAAGCUCUGAGACAAGCCGGAUAUGUAGAUUCAAUACAUUCAUUCAUUCAUUCAUUCAUUCUUUUUUAUUUUUAUUCAUUUAAAAAAUGGGAGUGACAAACAAAAA